AUGACAAAAGGGAAAAAAAAUAACAAUGAAUCUGAUGAAAGUAAUAUAUCAUCUUUGAAAGUAUCACAGGACUUGCAAAAUUUGAUAUCGAGCAAUUCUGAACUGGGGUCAAGAUUACUAUCACUAUUGCUGGUAAGUAGUGGUAAUGGGAAGGAAAUUAUAGAUGCAAUAAAUAAUGGCGAUAUUGCAAAGAUUCAAAAUUUAGACAUAGAUUUGAACUUGAAGGUGCCAGAGAUGCGCAAUGAAGAAAAUAAUAAUGAUAAAAAUAAGACGGAUAAUUUGGGUAUAACUCGUUUGGAGCCGAAUGAGGUAAAAAAAUCGGGGAAUGCAGAGGAUAAUGCUAUAACAAACCAUGUGGACAAGAGGAGACGGAAUACUGAAGCCUCAGCACGAUUUCGUAUCCGUAAAAAAUUGAGAGAACAAGAGAAAUUGAACAGAAUUCAAGAAUUGAAUGCCAAAAUCAAUGGACUCUACAAAAAUAUCGAUCGCUUGUUGGAAGAGAAUCGUCAUUGGAAAGCCAAACUGGAGGAGCUUAAUGAAAGAAAAUCUAAGGAACUUUUAGAGCGAAUUAAGAGUGGCAAUGCCGCCUCACCUUUAUAA